AUGACUCUCUGGGGCCAAGACACAGUCAAGGAUGUCGCCGAAUCAGUCGGUAUCAUAAAUCUCAACAAGGAUGUCAACCACGCCCUGUGUCGAGAUGUCGAGUACCGGAUAUCGCAAGUUCUACAAGAGGCACUUAAAUUCAUGAAACAUUCCAAACGGACGAUUCUCUGGUCACAAGACAUUUCACAAGCUCUUCGUGUACUAGACAUCGAACCUCUUUACGGCUACGAAUCUACACGUCCCUUGAAAUAUGGCGAGGCAUCACUGGGACCCGGACAGCCUUUGUUCUAUGUGGAGGAUGAAGAGAUGGAUUUUGAGAAACUCAUCAACGCGCCUCUGCCGAAAGUGCCUCGUGAAGUCUCAUUCACAGCACACUGGCUUGCGGUGGAAGGUGUACAACCAUCGAUACCUCAAAAUCCCACCUCAAGCGAAGCAAGAAAUCUCGAACUCCUACCCAAAGGACCCAAUGCCAACCCUGCCCUUGCAGCGAUGAAUGGCGCAGACAACACCACCACGAAGCCUCAAGUCAAACAUAUCUUGUCAAAAGAACUACAACUGUAUUUUGAGAAAGUUUGCGCGUCGGUCCUGGAUGAGACUCAGCCCGAAUAUCGCACGGCAGGUUUGGCCAGUCUCAAAGAGGAUCCCGGUCUGCAUCAACUCGUACCUUAUUUCGUUCAAUUUGUAGCCGAGAAGGUCACACACAACCUGAAAGAUUUGUUCGUUCUGACACAGAUGAUGAUGGUGACCGAGGCAUUGACGAGAAAUGAAAAACUCAACCUUACUCCAUACGUAGCCUCGAUGGUGCCCCCUGUAUUGACCUGUUUGAUCGGACGGACACUGGGGUCAGGAAUGGGUACACUAGAUCAUUUUGACCUGCGCGAUCUCGCCGGGUCUUUGCUAGGCCACCUCUGCAAUAAAUACUCGAAAUAUUCUCACAAUCUCAAGCCACGACUGGCGCGAUCAUGCCUGAAGACGUUUCUAGACCCGAAGAAACCAUUUGGCAGCCAUUAUGGUGCAAUUCUUGGAUUGAAAGCAAUCGGAGGAGCCGAAGUAGUACGACAGUUGAUCGUAUCCAAUCUCAAGGCAUACGGAGAGCUUUUGGAGGAAGAAAUUCAAGAUCAAAAUGGGAAGAAGGCCGAAGCCGAGAAGGUUGUCAGUGCAAUUCUCAACGCACUUGGAACACUGGUGGAUGACGAUAUUCCCAUGACGAAUGGACAUUCUGAACAAUCGGCCAGCAGCAUGCGAACCAAGCUUAUUGAUCAACUUGGAGAAGUGAUCGGGAGUCGAAUAGCAGAUUCCGGUCAUACUCGGUUGGCCAAAGCAGUUCUAGAAGGGUCUCUGGCAGGAUUAUGA